GUUACCGUAAUCGGAGCAUUAUGGGCGGACAGGGGAAAAGGGGGAAUAUCUAGCAAUCACCAGGCGGGGAUCAGUUCUGUAGGAGCCUCCAUGCCUGAGAGAUAACUGGGACUGGGGAAUACACCGUGAACUUGGAUUAUUUGUUCGCUUUCUCUUAUCUGGAUACCGGGCACGAUGCUGUGGAAACUAGCAGAUAAUGUUAAAUAUGAGGAUGAGUGUGAGGACAGACAUGAUGGGAGCAGCAAUGGUAACCCAAGGUUACCCCAUCUAUCAUCAGUCAGUCAGCACCUGUAUAGCCCAGCUCCCCCUCUCUCCCAUUCAGGGUCUUCUGACUUCCAGCCCCCAUACUUCCCACCUCCAUACCAGCCUCUGCCUUACUCCCAAUCUGCUGAUCCGUACUCCCAUCUUGGAGAUCCAUUCUCCCUUAACUCCAUCCACUCUUCUCACCCACCUCCAAGUCAACAACAAGCAUGGCCAAGUCGUCAAAACCAGGAUCACAGUGGAAUUUCCCACCAUGGCAGACCUGGGUUAGUCCAUCACAUACCUUCUCUGGAUCCCAGCUCAGGAAGGCUGGGAAGAGACUAUCAAAGGAGACCUGAUAUUCUUCUUCAGCAUGGGCAUGUAAUGGAUUCCUCAAACCUAGCGGACAAUCUUGGUCUACCAGACAUUGGGCAGCAAAUGGAGGAUGUUGCGAGUUUGGAAGAGCAAAGUUUAAUAAUGCAUGACCAGACAGUCAUUAAAAAAGGGAAAAACACGCUCAGUAUGCCCUACCAUAAGGAUGCACUGAUGGGAAUUGUGAUUAAUCCAAAUGAAGUUUUCUGCUCUGUUCCUGGAAGACUCUCCCUCUUAAGUUCCACCUCAAAAUACAAAGUUACUGUAGCAGAAGUCCAGCGGAGACUCUCACCACCUGAAUGCUUGAAUGCAUCCUUGCUCGGGGGAGUUCUUAGAAGAGCAAAAUCUAAAAAUGGAGGGAGGUCGCUGCGGGAAAAACUUGAAAAAAUUGGUCUCAACCUGCCUGCUGGAAGGCGAAAAGCUGCAAAUGUGACGCUGCUGACAUCAUUGGUUGAAGGGGAAGCUGUACACCUUGCUCGUGACUUUGGUUAUGUUUGCGAAACUGAAUUCCCCUCUAAAGCUGUAGCAGAGUACCUGACCCGGCCACACAUAGAACGCAAUGAGAUGUCGAAUCGGAAGAAUAUGCUGCUUGCUGCUAAGCAAAUCUGCAAAGAAUUCACAGAUCUCCUCACCCAAGACAGAACACCUCUAGGUAAUGCAAGACCAAGUCCAAUUUUGGAGCCUGGAAUCCAGGGUUGUUUGGCCCACUUCAGCCUCAUAACGCAUGGUUUCGGAAGUGCUGCCAUUUGUGCUGCUAUGACAUCUGUACAAAACUACCUGAACGAAGCAUUAAAGAUUGCAGAUAAAAUGUACAUGAAUAGUGGAGAUCAAAGUCCUGGAGACGGCAACAAAAACUUAGACAAGAUGGAUAAACACAGGAAAUGAGAACAUUGUGUGGACAACUUUUUAAAUGUUUUGGAAAUCUGAGGGUGGAACUGCCAUUUCUCUUAGGUCUCAGUUUAUAAUGGGACCUAUGAACAAACUAUUGUCCCGGAAACUAUUUGGAAUACUAUGGGAUGUUUUUUUUUUUUUUGUGUGUGUGAUCUCCGCUGCCCAGUGUCUCUGCUGAGAGGGAACUCGUGUGUCAGAACUUUAUAUGGCAAAAGUUAAAAUUUACACUCCAGCCAUCUUGCCCCUCACACAUUUCAUUGAGACGGUCUGUUUAAAUCCAUGUAUAAUACUACCUGCAUGCCAUGCCCCCUUUCCCUCUCCACACUCUGCUGUUUACCAGUGGCUACAUCACAGGAUACGAAAUACGCUGCAACACUUUCUACAACCGGAAGAUGAUGAUAUGGGGAAUUGAAAGUUGGCUUUAUGCAUGUACAAUAGUAUGUUUGUGACUAGCACCAAUUGUAGCAUAACUAAUUUUAAUCAAACUCUAAAUUGGUAUCUCUUAAAUUCGUAGUUGUAUUGCAUAGCAAAAUAUUACUUUUGUUUUUAUUUCAUUUUUACAAUAUGCAAUAAUUGUCUUUUACACACCACUUUUUUAUUUUUUUGUCGUGGUGGUCUUUUGGUUAAUGUCGCCAAACCUUGAAUGCAUUUUUAUUUUUUGAAUUCACUGUGAAGACCGCAAAGUUUCCAAGGCAAUUAUGGCAGGUAACAUUGGGUGGCCAUUCCAGUACUAUGUGACUAGAAUACUCUGCCCUGGUGCCCGCAGUAGAAAAACAAUCUCAAUACCUACUUCUAGUCACUGUAGGGUAUAAGACCACUUUUUUUUUAAUUUAAAUUCUUAUAUAACUAAGCACAAUGGUUUGAACCACUGUCCAACAAUAGAUAAAUAACUAUACUUUGAAAAUUAUAUUGCUCUUUUUUAACUUACUGUAACUUUUUUUUUUUUUUUUCCUACUACCUUCCACCCGUUUCAUAUCAUCAUAAGUCAUGGGUUUUUGUGUAUCUUAAAUUGGAACUCCACUAUUGGAGAAACCAGCAGCCCAGCCAGUUUUUGUUUAUCACAGUCCCUGUGUAGAAUAUUAUAUGCAAAGUACAGACCUGUAUCUCAUCUGUCACAUCCAAGGGCAAUGAAAAUAAACAAAUCUGUCUGAACAGUAGGAUUCUCAGAAGGUGCAAGUCUAAUUUUAACUCCAAUCAUAAACUGUUGAGGCAGCAAUGCAUUGCUGAGAAUUGUUAGGGUGGGGCAUUGUAACUCUCGGAGAGCCUGAUAGAGUUACAGGAUUAGUUGGGUAUUUUGUUUUUUGUACAUAUUUAUUUAUAUGUAAUUUAAGGGGUUUUGUACAUAUUGGUGAAACUUUAUACAACUGAGGUUAUGGGAAGAUUGAUACAAUUUUCAUUUUUUUAAAGUCUUUGUAAACAGAUCUGAUUUAGAGUAUUUAACAAAUAAUUGUGGCACUAAAGGUUGUGUUCUAACCUUUGCAAAAGCAAUAUGUGUGACAUUGUGUGGGAGGGUAAGUGACGUUUUUAGAGGAAUGAGUGCUAUGUUGCGUUUUGUGUUCAGCUUUUACAUAUUUGUAAAUCUUCCAAUAUUGAAUUGUAUAUUAUAAACCUAUAAUAAAAGAAAAACUCCAAGUUU